UGUCACCGUGCCGUGGUGCUGAAGGGGGAGGAGCCAGUGGUCGAUUCAACACACUGCACACACACAGAGACACAACGCGCCAGGGAAGAGUUGCGGGCAAAGAAACUGCUAACCCGUCAGAGACCAGUGAGGAAGAGGUGCCAUCUCUCGGCCUAGCACUUUGGACGACUUGAGAGACGUUUGGUGAAGGCGGGGGAGGAAGAGCAAGAGACAAAAAGAGAGAGGGAGAAGAAGGAGAAGAAGAAUAAGAAGAAGAAGAAGAAGAAGAAGAAGGAGGACAAACACCUAAACGAGACUCCAAUCGCUCUCCGGAGAUGUUCUCCUCCUCGCGGUUGUCUCUCUCUCUCUUUCUCUCUCGCUUGCCCUCCCUUGCACGGAACAGCCGACGUCCGUCCUCCAACGCUGAGCUGUGCCAAGGUUGAGUUGACACGGCCACACACACGGCCACACAACCAAACAGUAACACGCAUACACACAAACACAAACUUGGAGAAGAAUAUGUGGCAGAAGACACCGAGAUAAACACACACAAUCAAACACACUUGACAACACAGGCGGCAUCAGACACACACACACACACACACAUGGUGGCCUUGUGUUCAUGGUCUCAGAACCGCCUCACCACAGCAUCCCGGGCCCCCGCUCCAGACCAUGAGGAGACCCAAGCAGCAGACGGGGCACCUUAGCUUCCUUAACUUCUUCAGCCGGAAGCCCAAGCCAGAGCCCGGGCCAGAAAAGCCUGCGGAAGUCUGGCCAAAGGACGAGGUGGUCAUCACCCUCACACCCAGCGACCAUCCACAGCUGGAGGAGAACCUCUCAACAAGCACCGCCGUUGAACUCGGCGUUCCGGUGACGGAUGGAGCAGACGUGAGAGUCGAUACAAAAGCCGACGAUGGGAGCGGCGAGGAAGCGUGCCCCGCGGGGGAGUGCUGCUCAGACGGCGGCGCCGGGGUGGACGUCGAUGGCGGCGGCGGCUCGGCCGACGUCCUGUCCCUGUCCUCCUCCGGCCAGGAGCAGCUUCUGGACGAGCACCUGGAGGAGUGCCCGCUGUGCCUGCUCAGCCAGCCGCGCCGCCACUUCCCCCGCCUCUCGUCCUGCUCGCACCGGGCCUGCUCCGACUGCCUGCGGCAGUUGCGCAUCGAGAUCUCAGAGAGCCGCGUGGGCAUCGCCUGCCCGCAGUGCGCCGAGCCGCUGGCGCCGUCGGACGUGCGCGCCGUCCUCGACGACCGGGCGCUGCUGGAGCGCUUUGAGGAGUACCAGCUGAGGCGCUUCCUGGCCAACGACCCCGACACCCGCUGGUGCCCGGCGCCCGACUGCAGCUACGCGGUGAUCGCCUACGGAUGCGCCGAGUGUCCCAAGCUGAGCUGCGGGCGCGAGGGAUGCGACACCGAGUUCUGCUACCACUGCCGCCAGCUGUGGCACCCCGACCAGACGUGUGACCAGGCCAGGCGCCAGCGCGCCCGCCACACGUCGGGCGGCCAUGACGGCUCCACGCUCUACGUGUUCAACGAGGACCCCAGCGGAGAUGCGGAGGAGAUCAAGGCGUGCCCGCGCUGCGGCGCUUACAUCAUGAAGACCAACGAUGGCAGCUGCAACCGCAUGAACUGCACCGUGUGCGCCUGCCAGUUCUGCUGGCUGUGCAUGCAGGAGAUCACCGACGUGCACUACCUCAGUCCCUCAGGCUGUACCUUCUGGGGGAAGAAGCCUUGGUCCCAGACACGUAAGGUCCUCUGGCAGGUGGGCAUGCUGCUGGGGGCGCCAGUGGUCAUCUCCCUGAUCGCAGGGAUAGCCACAGUCAUCAUAGUGGGCAUACCCAUCUACAUGGGCCGCAAGGUUCAUGGUCGCUGUAAAAAAAACAACAUCUCAGGAAGUAAGCAUUAUUUGACCGUGGCAAGUGGAGUGAUGAUGUCAGUGUUUGUGUCGCCGGUCAUAGCAGCCAUCACCGUGGGUAUGGGGGUGCCCCUCAUGCUGACGUAUGUCUACGGGGUGGUCCCCAUGUCCCUUUGUAGGAACGGCUGGUGCCGCCCUCAGGGUGACCCCCCCGACUCACACAAGAUCCAGCUGGAGGACCUAGCUAGCUAUCUUCUGUUCUCUCACGUAGUCAGUGACCACUGGACGGGUCAAAACAAUCCGGGAAAUCCUGGCAACACCCACUUGCAGGAAGUUAAAGUCAGUGUACAGGAAGUGGGUGUGCUCCCUAGUACGAGCACGGCACCACCCGAGGUGAAUGCCUGCACAGGAUUGGAGGAAGCCACGGAAAGUCCUGGAUACUUGCAGAAGGCUAGCCAAUCAGAAUGCGAGGUGGUUGUGGUGCCCGAUGGCAAGCUGAGCGACACUCAAGCCUUCUCCUUAAGAGAUGGGACCAGUAUUAAGGUGCGGGUGGAGAUUGAGACCCACCCCAGGGGGGCGCGCCAGACCAGCCUGAGCAGCGUGCUGUCCGGCCACAGCCUCUCCGUGGAGUCCCUGGGACACUCCCGGCCCCAGUCGCUGUCCCAGGACUACCCGUGUGCCUCAGAACCUGCAGACAAGAAAGGAGCAGGAGGAGAGAAACAAAGGGUCUUUGUGGCUACCACUGGACCGGUGUAA